AUGGCAAACCCCAUCAUUCCUCCGGUGAUGCGAGCAGCUCAGAUAAAGGAAUACAACAAACCAUAUGAGCUAGUGGAGAGAGAAACUCCGGCCAUUCGCAGCAAUGAGCUACUUAUCAGAGUUCAUGCGGCCGGAUUCUGCCACUCGGAUCUACAAGUUUUACAGGGACAAUUUGAGUCACCGUUGGGCAUGAUCGCAUCUCAUGAACCUGCCGGUAUCGUGGUUCAGGUUGGUAAAGACUGCAAUCAGAAAUGGAAGGUCGGUGAUAGAGUUGGGGCUCUCAACUACAAGAACUCAUGCGGCAAAUGCAGUGGCUGCGGUCUGUCACUUCGCACUAGCAGGAAGCAUACUCUGGACCCAAGAUUCUGCGAAAAGAGAGAGACCGCUGGUUUUCAUCAUGAUGGGGCUUUCGCGGAAUAUCUUGCCAUAGAUCCGGAGACCACUGUCGGCUUACCGCCGACCCUAUCUUUCGAGCAAGCGGCGCCAUUGAUGUGUGCAGGUGCUACAGUUUGGGGCUCACUCGAAAAAGCAACAAGUGAGCUGGAAGCAGGAGAAACUGUAGCUAUUGUCGGCAUCGGAGGUUUGGGUCAUCUCGGAUUACAAUUUGCCAGCGCCAUGGGUUUCCGCGCCAUAGCGGUCGACAGCCGUCCGGCGGGGAGGCAGCUUGCUACUGAAAUGUUCAAUGAAAGUCUCAGGCCGGUGCUGGUGGUGGAUUCUGGCUCGGAACGUGCGACUUCUCAAAUCCUGGACUUUACGAACGGGGAGGGCGUAGCCGCAGUUGUGGUUUGCACAGACUCACUAUCAGCCAACAGUUGGGCAUUGACGAUCCUACGAAUUGGAGGGGUCAUGGGAGUCCUGGGCUUGCCUGCUGAGAAUUGGAGGUUUGACUCUAGUGUCAUCGUUUUCAGAGAGCUCACGAUUCGGGGGAGUUAUGUUGCGGGUAGAGAAUCCACCGAAAGGAUGAUGGAGGCUGUGGAGAGAGCCAGCAUUAGGUCUCACAUCACUCUGAUGUCGUUUGACGAGAUCCCGGGCAUUGUAGUGGCUUAUCAGGAUAGCGGAUUUAAAGGCAGGCUUGUGGUGCGCAUUUCGGAGUAA